CGGGUGCUGCAAGAAAGAAACGGAAUCUUACCGUGGUUGAACCAUAGUACCAUACCUUUAAUUCUCUAAUUGACUGAAGGACAAUUGCAUUUACUGGCUUACUGCAACAGAAAUCCGAAACGACGGUGGACGUAUAAACCUACAAUAUUAAUCUUUUUUUUUCAUUGCAUUUUACCCAUUGAAUUGUUAGCAAAUUUGAUUAUUAACUUAUUAUCGUGCAUCUUAGUUUGCUUUGAAAUGAAUUGUUGUCAACAAUAGGAUUUGGCUAUUUGUGCUCUUUUCCGUGGUUCCAGAGUGAAUUUAGCCUAAAAAACAAAAAUCAAAUUAUAAAAAAAAAAAUCUAACCGUAUAUAUAUAUACUGGCAAUCGUUCAAUCAUUGACAUAAGCUAUGCGCGUGCGUCUGACACAUAUUCUCACUUUGUGUCAAAAUUAGGUCGUGUCACUCCUAAAGCCGGCAAAUUGUACUCACGGUACUUGUGCGUUUGACGUAUGGAUUUGAAAAAAUUAAUUGAUAAAUGUUAUAAACUUAAAAAAAUAUCGCAAAUAUACAGUAAAUCGUGAUCAUUUUCACUUGUAAAACUUCGUCGUUGACGAGAUAUUAAUUUGUCUCCCCCUUUCUUUUUUUUAUUCAUUGUCUACGAGAAUUACUUCUACGAAAGUUUCUUCUUUUUAUUAUGUAAAUGAUAAUAAAAUCAACCAAUAGCUCGACAUAUAUUUAAAACUAGAGUCAAAUAUAAACACUCUUUAAAAAAGUUCAGGUAGUUCGAGCAGUAGUGUGAAGUCAAGAUGCCGGCAGUGCGUGGUGAUGGCAUGCGUGGACUUGCAGUUUUCAUUUCGGAUAUAAGAAAUUGCAAAAGCAAAGAAGCUGAAAUCAAGAGGAUAAAUAAAGAAUUAGCAAAUAUCAGAAGUAAAUUUAAAGGUGAUAAAACCCUUGAUGGCUAUCAAAAAAAAAAAUAUGUAUGUAAAUUACUGUUCAUCUUUUUGCUUGGACAUGACAUCGAUUUUGGACACAUGGAAGCUGUUAAUCUCUUGUCUUCUAACAAAUAUUCGGAAAAACAAAUUGGAUACUUGUUUAUAUCGGUUCUCGUUAAUACUAACAGUGAUCUUAUUAAACUAAUAAUCCAAAGUAUAAAAAAUGAUUUGUCGUCUCGCAAUCCAAUCCACGUUAAUCUUGCUUUACAAUGUAUUGCAAAUAUUGGCAGCAAAGAAAUGGCUGAGGCAUUUGGUAAUGAAAUUCCUAAACUUCUCGUUUCUGGAGAUACUAUGGAUGUGGUAAAACAAAGUGCAGCUCUCUGUCUUUUACGAUUACUUCGAACAGCGCCAGAUGUUGUUCCAGGCGGUGAAUGGACAUCUCGUAUUGUCCAUCUUUUAAAUGAUCAGCAUUUAGGUGUGGUAACAGCAGCAGCAUCCUUAAUUGAUGCACUUGUCAAAAGAAAUCCAGAUGAAUACAAAGGUUGUGUUAGUCUCGCAGUAUCUCGUCUCAGUCGUAUUGUAACGUCUAGUUAUACAGAUCUCCAAGACUAUACAUAUUAUUUUGUGCCAGCACCAUGGUUAUCGGUUAAAUUACUCCGACUUUUACAAAACUACACGCCACCGGCAGAAGAUCCUGGCGUUCGGGGUCGAUUGAAUGAAUGCUUGGAAACAAUUUUAAAUAAAGCACAAGAGCCACCAAAAUCUAAAAAAGUACAACACUCAAAUGCUAAAAAUGCUGUGUUAUUUGAAGCUAUAAGUCUCAUCAUUCAUAAUGAUAGUGAACCAAAUUUAUUGGUACGUGCCUGCAAUCAAUUGGGUCAAUUUCUUUCGAAUCGUGAAACAAAUCUUCGUUAUUUGGCUCUCGAAUCAAUGUGUCAUUUAGCAACUUCUGAAUUUUCUCAUGAGGCAGUAAAGAAACAUCAAGAAGUCGUUAUAUUAUCAAUGAAAAUGGAAAAAGACGUAUCUGUUCGUCAACAAGCUGUUGAUCUUCUUUAUGCCAUGUGUGAUAAAAGUAACGCUGAAGAAAUUGUGCAAGAAAUGUUGAAUUAUCUUGAAACAGCUGAUUAUUCAAUUAGAGAAGAAAUGGUAUUAAAAGUAGCAAUAUUAGCAGAAAAAUAUGCCACUGAUUACACUUGGUAUGUUGACGUUAUACUAAAUUUAAUUAGGAUAGCUGGUGAUUAUGUUUCUGAGGAAGUUUGGUAUCGUGUUAUUCAAAUUGUUAUAAAUCGUGAUGAUGUUCAAGGAUACGCAGCAAAAACUGUUUUUGAAGCUCUUCAGGCACCAGCUUGUCAUGAAAACAUGGUUAAAGUUGGUGGUUAUAUUUUGGGUGAAUUUGGAAAUUUAAUUGCUGGUGACCAACGCUCGUCGCCAGCUGUACAAUUUCAACUUCUACAUUCCAAGUAUCACUUGUGUUCACCAAUGACUCGAGCACUUUUACUAUCUACUUAUAUUAAAUUUGUCAAUUUAUUUCCGGAAAUCAGAAGUCAAAUACAAGAUGUUUUUAAACAGCACAGUAAUUUACGAAGUGCUGAUGCUGAAUUACAACAACGAGCAUCAGAAUAUUUGCAAUUGAGCGUAAUAGCUUCAACUGAUGUUCUUGCAACAGUACUAGAAGAAAUGCCAGCAUUUCCUGAAAGAGAGUCAUCGAUUUUAGCAGUUUUAAAAAAAAAAAAACCAGGACGUGUACCGGAAAAUGAAAUAAAAGAGAAUAAAAGUCCUGCACCAAAUACAAAUCAUCAUGAAAAUUCAACUAGUGUUUCUGUUCCAACAGUCAAUAGUUCAUCAGCUGAUUUGUUAGGUUUAUCAACACCACCGUCGUCGCAGCCAACUAGUAAUACUGGUGUACUUCUUGAUGUUUUAGGAGAUAUUUACAAUUUACCAAACAAAGUUGAGACUGCAAAUGGCACUCAAAAUACAUAUAAUCCAAAAAAAUUCGUUUGUAAAAACAAUGGAGUAUUAUUUGAGAAUGACCUGAUACAAAUCGGUGUAAAAUCAGAAUUCCGACAAAAUCUUGGACGCAUUGGUCUUUUUUAUGGAAAUAAAACGCAAUCUACGCUUAUUAAUUUUCAGCCACAGCUUUCCUGGUCAGAUGAGAAUCAAUGUAAGUUGUCUGUGCAGAUAAAACCUGUUAACCCUACUUUAGAAGCUGGUGCACAAAUCCAACAGAUGAUCAACGCUGAAUGUAUUGAUGACUACGCCGGUGCACCAAGUGUUAUAAUAACAUUCGUUCAAAACAACUUGCCACAGCAAAUUACAAUGAAAUUACCAUUGACGAUAAACAAAUUUUUUGAACCAACGGAAAUGAAUGGAGAAUCUUUUUUUGCAAGAUGGAAAAACCUUGGAAAUGCCAAUCAACAGCGUUCUCAGAAAAUUUUUAAAGCCCAAACCUCUAUGGAUUUGUUACAAGCACGCGCUAAAUUGCAAGGCUUUGGUAUGCAACUUCUUGAUGGGAUUGAUCCUAAUCCAGACAAUUUUGUUUGUGCUGGAAUUGUUCACAUGCGUUCCCAACAAGUUGGUUGUCUUCUUCGCCUCGAGCCAAACAAACAAGCACAGAUGUUCCGACUAACCGUACGUUCAAGUAAAGAAUCAUUGUCCAUCGAGGUUUGUGAUCUUUUGCUGGACCAAUUUUAACUACCAGUUACUGUUGCUCUUUGUUCACGUCCUACGCAAAGAUCCAGAUGAUUUCUAAGAGCAGACUUGAUCAUGAAAAAGCAAAAGAAAAAAUAUAUAUAAAUAAUAUCAUUGAAAAAAUGUCUUAGAAAAUCGUAUUAAAUUAAAAAGACAAUAUUAAUUCUACUUAAAUUCUCAUUAAUAAACUUGCAGUAUUAAGAUAAUAUAACUUUGGUGCUGUUGCCAUAGACGAAGCGAAUCUAAACUUCAAACGAAGUGGUGCUAAUCAAUUCCUUAUAGCUUGAUUAUCUAUGCUCAAUCCAAUUAAUUUAUAGUUAAGAAUAUAUUUUAUAGCAGUCCAGGAAAAAUAAUAAUACUAGUCAAUAGUGAAACGGAAUACGUAACAUCAGUUGUACCUAUAAAUAGAAACCAAGAUACUUUGGCACUGCUUUGUUUAUACACCAUACAGGUUCGUGUCUUAUCAGCCUGGGGUCGGUGAGAUUAAAAUACAACAAUGUACUUCUUCAUUUAGAGUUUUAUUUUGAAGAAGAUCCCUGGUGGAAAAAAUCUCUGAUAUCACGGUGCAAUUAAAAGACAAUAAUUUGAUCAAUAUUGAAUAAUUAAAAUUUAUGUAUGUAGUCAGCCUGAACUUACUUUCAUGCAAAAAAAACUUUAUUGAGAGUUGACUUUAUACUCAUGAAACAAUAGUUCAUUUUCAAUCAGUUGCACACACGCGUAAGAACGCAAAGAUAUGGUUCCGCACAUAGUGCUAUCUAUUCAUUGAAUAACAAAGUUUAUAAUUUUUUCUAUAACUGGAUAGUCAACUUCUAGUGAAUUUUAGGUAUCUUCAAAUAUCUUUAAAUCUGUGCUUGUCUGCACAAAUACGACCCAACGGGGGAUCUUCAGGUAUCUUCGAAAUUUUCCCCGGUUAUUUUUGAAGAUUCUCAGCGGUAUACUGUGAAAAUUUUUUGUUGAAGUUAAGACGAAAAAUUUUGAAAAAUAGAACUUUGUCUAGGAACUUUGUUUUUCAACGAAACCAAAUCUGUUAUAAAGCAAGACGAAAGUGUUUAAAAUUAAGUCAAGUGUUUUUUUUUCAAGACAAUUUAUUAAAUAAGAAUAAAAAAACUAAUUUGAUUCCUUCAAUUUUUUCAAUUGAAGUAUAUGAGUGGUUUAAGUGUACAUAUAACAUGCAAUGUUAUGAUCGCUGGGUAUCAUCAAAGAUCUGUAACGGUCUGUGCAUGUGUUUACAGAUAUUAUCAAACCGGGUAUCUGCGUGUAUCUUCUGGAUUUUUCCCCAGGUACUAACUCCCAAAAAUUGUUAAUUGCAUUCCAAUAUGCUAAAAAAGAAACUCUAAAACAUAAGUACCUUGGUUUAUUCCAAUUUGACUGACCCCAGACUAAGUAACCACGAACUUCUUAUAUACAUAAUUGGGCACCAUUUUGAUGCUGUUAACAGAGCGAAAUAUCGAAAUCUGUGUUAAAUUGCAAAAUUCUGUAGUCGAUAAAUCAAAGUCAACUGGAAAAAUAAAUUUUCGAAAAUUA